AUGGAAAUUAGCGACACCUCAAAACAUAAUUCUAAACAACACAAAGAUGCAAAAAUCGAAGGAAAUGUAUGCAAGCCUUGGAAACGGAUUGGUGAAGCAUCGAUAACCUCGAGAACUAGUAGAGGAGGAUCACAGAGGAGCAAAAGAAGCGGAAGCACAAGAAGAAUAGGUGACAAUAGAGAGAGAGUGUCUGAUUUAGAAGCUGAGGAGAUAAAAGGUUUUAUGGAUUUAGGUUUUGUUUUUACAAAAGAAGACUUAAACUCGGAGUUGCCGAAGAUUCUUCCAGGAUUGCGGGCAUUUCUCUGCCCAGAAGAACAUCUUGAGAAAGAGCCGUCCGUGUUGCCGAGACCAUAUUUGUCGGAGGCAUGGGACGUUUACGAUGAUAAAUGUAGUAGACUAACAGAGAAAGAUUCAACGGUUAUAGAUUUUAGAAUGGCUAAGUUACGUGGUGAGAAGAACAUGAAAGAUAGCCUUAAAUUGUGGGCUCGUUCUGUAGCUUCCAGUCUCAAAUGA